CAGGUCGGGGGUUCCGGGAACACGAUCUACACUUCCCCGUCCGUAGAGUACGCGGCCCACCCGGCGUACGCGCGAUUUCUACAGCUGGAUGCCGCUGACGAUCGCUGGGGGCAGCUGGUGCUUCAGUGCCGCGUAAGGCCAGGCAGCAUCAGGGUGCAGCCUAGCACGCUCGAGGAAAAGGACUGGCCCAGCUCCCUUCGCAUCGACCCCAACUUCCAGGACAACUCCACGAUGGAGUGGCUCUUGGAGGACGAUGCCGACGUCGUCGUCACGGCCCUGAUGGUCAGGGAGCUCGGCCCUUGCGCCGAUCCAGAGGUGUACGGGCCGCUCGCGGCACGAGUGCGCGAGGACGGUCGCCUGGGGGCGAGGGCCGCGGCUGGUGGACCUCCUCCUCCUGCUCCUCCUCCUCCUCUUCCUCGCCUUGCUCCUCGUCCUCCUCUCAAGACCCAGGCUUUGGGGAUACUCUAAUGGGUCCAAUGCCGGCCAUCCUGCCUGAGAGGUGCGACCGACGUGGUCGCGAACGCGCCCGUGGGAUAUCCCUUGGCGCCUCCCCUUUGGGAGGCCAAAAUGCCAGGCCUGCCAUAUCGUGAUCAUCGCGG